AUGCGCUCUCCCGUGCCCACACCGAUGUUUCCGCCGAACCAAGGAUUCCUACCAGGGCUGCCCAACCAAUCGACCACGCCAGUAUCAUCAAGGAGGCAAUUUUGGCAUCAAAGACCACGGCCACCAACGACGUGGCAACCUAAGCCCAAGAGCGAGUACUACUGUCCUGGCAAAUACUCUUUGGCCAUUUCAUCACCCACCCGGAUGGGAGUGUUGACCUUUGAACAAUCCAUUAAAGCGCUCCAACCAACCCGCAAUGCUUACCAUGCUCUUUUCGACUGGGAUGUCCAUCGCAUUCAGGCAGCGGGGAUGGCGGCGAUCCAAGGAGCCAGCUUUACCACCAGAUCUUUAGUAAUGAACCCAUCCGAUGCAUUGUCCUGCUUCAGUCUCCUUCAGUUCCUCCCUUCCGACAGGACCGACAAGGACUUGGCCUCGCACAUUAACAAAGAUGAAGAAGCCUGCAUGCAAGAAGACAUGGGCGAGCAUGUAACCAAGAGAGCCUCCAAGAAGACAAAAUUGUACUCCAAGGGCCGCUGCGCCUCCAUUUCCGACAUCAAGAGCACAAUCUCCAAUGUAGCACAACUUGCUGCCUUCGCAACCAAAAAUUUCUUCAUGUCCAACAACACACCCUUCAUGGUGGAACAGUUUGACACGGUUAUGGUUGCUUUGUCCCGACCUGAUGCCGUCCAGUGGCAGCAUGUGAUCGACCUCACGGGUGUCGCCGUCCACAUCAUCCAUGACCUCCAAACCGUUUUCCAGGUCAUUGCCUAUGAGGACAAAGACUUCACUCUCCAUGCCGAAGCACGACCACUUGGCACCAUUCAACGUGCGGAACUAUUCUCUGGCGCAAGAGCCCAGACACAGCUCCUGCUGGACAAGAUUGACGAAGGCCUUCGCAAUUGUCGCCACCCCAACUAUCCCAGGACGUCCGCCCUUAGUGCCUUGAUUUCUUCUACCGCGGCCCCCGACGCUUCUCCUUCUGGCAAACGGUCCUCCGAGUCACCAUCCUCCAAACAAGAUACAGCCGCUUCACCUGCAAAGAAGCCAAAGCCUAGCAGCGAGGAAAGCACCACCAGGGGUAUGCUCAUCUGUACUUCCACCGGACGACCACCAAUGCCAGAUCAAAAGUGGAAAGUAAACGGUGUAGAGAAGACUGCCUGUGUCAAUUUCCUCUUCCGAAACUUCCAGUGCACGAAUACUCGUUGCACUUUGCUCCAUCUCCAUAAACGAGUGUUCCACUCUUGUCCUGUUAGCGAACAGGAGUCCUUCAAGACCUGGGUCCAAUCGACUCCAAACGUCAAAAGGGCUCCUGGGCAGGAACCACUUACCGUGGCGGCCGCAUCAGUAAGCACUCUUACCCGGCAGGUCAACUACUAUGUGUCUCGGCCCACACCUACGUCACAUUGCGUUGAUCCACAGGACGAGUGUGCUCUCCAGGACUAUCCCCCAACUUGGACAAUUUUUGACGAGCUCGACCCUGCGGACAUGCUUGUUGCUGACCGAUUCCGCCACAUUCUGGAACAGGGCGCAAGGGGAACACCUACCUUUACUCGGUUGGAACAAUCCCAUUUUCUCCGGAAUCUCCCAAGUAGAACUGCCCUUGCUGUGGAGUCACCAUACGGUAAGGAUAGUAACAAUCGAUGCUUCAAGACGGAAAGUACAUUUUGCCAUACCUUUGUUUUUCUCUACAAGAGCGGCUACUUGGACACAACGACCGGCGAUCGCUUGGGCAAGGCUUUUUCCGGAGCCUUACUUCUUCGUCUGUUACUCAAGAGCCACGAGUUUGUUGACUUUCGGCCACUUCGCUCCGUUCUCCCUUCGGAUACACCAAUGGGCCAAUUCAUGCACUGUUGGAGCCGGAUGUUCACCGCCUCUUUGUUACAUUACAACUUGGAUGUAGCUACCGCCGUUCGCUAUGUUGGGAACAUACAUACUGGGGCCCAUCAGGAUUGGAACGCUUUGGAACCAGAGCUACGCGCGGCAUCAGUUGAUGAUGGUCUUAAUGCAGUGCAGAAGGAUUUCGCCCGAUCCCACAGCCUUGUUGGUAACCCUCUGUUCGCACCUUUCCUACCAGAUACACAGCAGAUCCCACAAGGCCUUGUGGUUGUCCCAGGAAAGAGCGAUCGUCAAAUCUGUGAUGGCACCUUUUGUCCUUUGCUCGAGUCUAUCCCUACCAACGAUAUGACGACCAAAGAUACGGAGCAUAAGGUUGAAUUUCCAAAAUUGCUUCGGAACCACCUUGCAUACAUCUACAAUGCUGGGAUCAGCUACAAAUCCGAGGAACUUUACCUUGGUGACGACGACGUCUCAGGAGCCUUUCGCCACGGAAAAUGGAACCCAAAUGUAAUUGGAAUGCAUACGUUUUCCAUUUUCGGUUUCCUGUUCUUCUGCACUGGUCUGACAUUCGGUGGCAAUACCUGCCCGUCAAAUUUCGAGAUUAUAGCCUUAAGUCGUAUGGCUCUUGCACACUUCCUCUGGUCACAGGUUUCUACGAUUUCUCGGGUUCUACGAUACCUUCCGGCGAUAUCGACAUCACCUGAACCAACGCCUGAUGAGAUCGCACAGUUUACCCCAGCGGAAGCCGAUUCCAUCAACAAAGGUGUCUUCAACCCGGACGGAUCUCGGAUUCCACCCAAUUUUGAUUGUCUUUAUGUCGAUGUUGCCAAGACACUGAGACAAACAAUAGCCUCCAGUGUUCUGGCUCUCUAUUUGAUCCUUGGCUUCCCAGAUGCUUCAAAAGGGAUUCAAGAUUGCGUGUCUUGGGAAAAGUUCACCACUACUUUCUCCCACCGUCGACACUGCCUUGGCUUGUUGAUUGAUUCUCGUGCCCUUAUGGUGAGCCUCCCAUCUGAAAAACAAGAUCAUAUCAUCCAACGGCUCAGGACCUUUCUGCGGCAACAUCGUCUAACCCUUCAAGAAAUCGCAGAACUCCUUGGUCUGCUUUCGAACGCCACUACAGUUUGCCGCCACAUGCGCUGUUCUUACUUCAAUUUGCAACGUUUUCUUCGUUUGAUCCUCGUUCAUCGGUAUCGCACCCUCAUUGGGUACCACAGGCAGAAGGACUGGGAACUUCAGAUCGCUUCUCGACUGUCUUCUACCUUUAUUCACCGCAUGGAUGGAAUCUUGAGCCGAAAAAUGGCAAAAGUUCUUUGGGGCUCCAAACAAUCCUACAAUCUGAGUCCGGCUGCAAUUCAAGAGGUCAAAGUGAUUAUCCACAUCACCAAAAAUGCAGGGAUUCUGGGAUCGUAUGAGCCUGAGGAAGCUUCUGUUGAAAGGCAGGAAAGGUUGCCAUGUCAGUUCGCGCAAAGUUCGCCGGUUGAUGAAGAAAACAGCGUUGCCACAAGCUUGGAGGAAGUCAGAGGGUGA